UAGAAAUGCUGUGGAAAACAAAACUGGACUGAAAAUAUACUUCGUUUUAAGUCCUAGGUAUCUUAAAAUCAAUAUUAUUGUCACUUCCUCUUUUUUGUAAACACUUUUUUUGUGGAGUGUGUCUGCACGUCAUCUAAUUUUGGGCAUUCAAUCCUCGACAGAAUGAACAUCAUCCUUAUCUCCUCACUGCUGGGUGGGGCAGCAUUUGUUCUCCAAGUUGCUACAUCUAAAGAGGUUUUGAAGGUCAGUGUGUCUGUGUGGCCAUUGGGGUCAAACAUCUACCUUGGUGAGUGCGUGUUGUUGCAGUGUGCUGUGGAGUCAAACUCCAGUUUUGUGUGGCGCUACCGCUGGUUCAUGCACAAACCACACUCUGCUCAGACCCCGAACCCCAGGCACCUGGUCUCUGGUGACAGCUACUCCAUCACCGCGGUAACGAGGGAGGACGCUAGCAGCUACUGGUGCCAAGCGGAGAGUCGGGGCAGCAACACCACCACAGUGCUCCUCAGCCAGCCGGCCAAGCUCAAUGUGUCAGAGCUGCCCCCUCCCUCACUAACAUUGACUCCCAGCACCCAACAGAUCUUCAGAGGGGAGCGUUUCACUGUGCAGUGCCCUGUGUCUCAGACUAACUCCUCAGGCUGGAUGCUGAAGCGGUUUCCUGAGGGCCAUAGAGCGAGGACCGGAGACUUUAACACUGACCGGUGUUCACCACUAGGGGGGGCUGUUAGUGCAGACAAGUCUGACGCAUGUGUCUUCACUGCUGACAGUGGAACCAGUGGAUUGUACUGGUGUGAGGGUGCUGAGGGCCGCAGCAAUGCAGUCAACAUCACAGUAAGCUAUGGCUCCAUCAUCUUGAAGUCUCCUGCCUUCCCCGUAUCAGAGGGUGAUAAAGUCGUCUUAUACUGUCAGCACUGGACAGGCAUCCACAGUAAAACAACCUUCUUCAGAAACGGUGCAGAAAUUGUCACUAACAGUUCUGUCAGUUCAGACAGAGUAACAAAGAUGACUAUUGAGAAUGUGACAAAGGCAGACGAAGGUUUCUACAAGUGUGUGUCCAAGGGCAGAAAGAUGGAGAGCCCUGAGAGCUGGUUAUCAGUAAGACGUGAUCGAGGCAACUCAACAUCAACAGAUGGGACAGCAGCAUCCACUGAGGGCUCCUGGAAAUGGAUCAUAGUUUCAUGUGGGAUUGUGCUUCUGUUCCUCACACUUCUAGCUGUUUGGCUAGUUUGUCGCUACAGGUACCAGAUGCUUUGCACCCGUAGUUGUUGGCCCGUUUCCAAAGAGGAUCUCCCAGCAAUGGAGCUUCCUGCGACCAAGCAGGAUGUGACAGAAGUGCAGUGGGACUUGUCCUGGAUGGAGAUGUCCAAUCUGCUAGAUAGGCAGUUAUAUCCUGGCACAUAAAGAGUCCUUCUAACCUGAGAAAAUACUAAAUGGAGUGAAGCCUGUGAGUUAAUUCAGGCAGAUAAUUUAAGUGUACUGCCUCUAACAUGACGUACUCCACUCAUUGCAUCAACCUUUGCUUAUUCCUGCUGCUGCACUGCUCACCAGAAAACUCUUGUAAUUGCUGCAAUCGCUUGCUUUUAUAAUCCUCAACUCAGCCUGAGCAUCAACCUGUAGGCUAUGUUUCUACCUUCCUCAGUUAUUAUCGUCACUCCCCAAUCUUUGCUGUGCUGAACUUAGGGGGUGUCCUUAUGGGGAGUGAUGAGGUCUGUGUACAUUCUGCAAGCAGAUAGUCAUCUAUUCCACUUGAGUUGGCUGAUUGAAAGACUAGUUUAUAAUUUUACAAUUCACUGGAUGCUAAUUUAGGAUCUGGAUUUAAAUGAUGCCAUUUCUUGCAGAGACCCAAACUCAUUAUACUGUAUGUCUGUCAGGAUAAUUAUGAUGACAUGAUGCACUGUAUGACUCAUCUUUGAAUAUAAUGUAUUGUCUUAAUUUAAAUGAAGUGCAUUACUGUAAAAUAAAUACAUAUGCAUACCACAUGCAGUAUAUCUUUUGUUUCCAUUAAAGGUACAGUUUGUAGAAUUUAGUGGCAUCUAGAGGUGAGGUUACAGAUUGCAACCAACUGAAUACCCCUCCCCCUCCCAUUCCAAGCGUGUAGGAGAACCUAUGGUAGCAGCGAAACUUGCGAAAAACGCCAAAGGCCCACUCGAGAACCAGUGUUUGGUUUGUCUAUUCCGGGCUACUGUAGAAACAUGGCAGCCCCCAUGGAAGA